GGUCCAAAUUUUGGCUAUGUGACCCGAGGGCCCUACGCAAUGGAGGUCACAGGGUUGGAUGCCUUUGGAAACCUGGAGGUGAGUCCCCCAGUCACCGUCAGAGGGAAGGAAUACCCACUGGGCAGGAUUCUCAUCGGGAGCAGUGGUUAUUCCAGCAUGGAGAGCCGGGACAUGAAUCAGGCCCUGCAGGACUUCCUGUGCGCCCAGCAGGUGCAGGCCCCUGUGAGGCUCUUCUCUGACUGGCUCUUUGUGGGUCACAUCGAUGAGUUCUUGAGUUUCGUCCCAGCACCCGACAGGCAGGGCUUUCGGCUGCUGAUGUCCAGCCCCAGAGCCUGCUACCAGCUAUUUCAGGAGCAGCAGAGUCAGGGCCACGGUGAGGCACUGCUUUUCGAGGGGAUCAAGAGAAAAAAACAGCAGACGAUCAAUGAUAUUCUGUCCAACAAGAAAUUAAGAGACCAGAAUGCCUACGUGGAGAGCUGUAUUGACUGGAAUCGGACGGUGCUGAAGCGGGAGCUGGGCCUGACAGAGGGUGAUAUCAUUGACAUCCCUCAGCUCUUCAAGCUCGUGUGGAACUCCAGAGAGAGGCCGAAGGCUGAAGCCUUCUUCCCAAACAUGGUGAACAUGCUGGUUCUGGGCAAGUACCUGGGCAUCCCCAAGCCCUUUGGGCCCAUCAUCAACGGCAGCUGCUGCCUGGAGGAGAAGGUACGCUCCCUGCUGGAGCCGCUGGGUCUACACUGCACCUUCAUCGAUGACUUCAUACCCUACCACAUGUACCACGGAGAAGUUCACUGUGGCACCAAUGUUCGAAGGAAACCCUUCACCUUCAAGUGGUGGCACAUGGUGCCCUGAGCCACUGCCUUUAGCAGCCUCCCUCAAAGAUUUCCCUGGCAGAGGUUGCUGGGCCCUCUGCAGGAAGGGGCAGCGAGAGAUCUGGGGAUGUUUGGGCUUCCCCGGGAGUGGCCACCCCUCCCUGCUGUGGCUUGCUUACGUCACCCAUCUUUGUACAUGCUAAA